UUUUGUAGCUGUUUGGUCUUACUGGGUCAGGAACUAGGGUGGCUGCAAUAGAGGAAAAUCUGCUCUUUUUUCCAGCAGUUUCCCCAAGUAAGAAGCAUUGUUUGCAUUGGGCAGAUGCAUUGGGGCAGGAAAGUUGACUCUCAGCAGAGCAGACCACAGUACAAAAGCAUCUGAGGAGCAGGGCAGCCAAGAGGUAGAAGCAUCGGGCCUGCCUGCUGUGCCAAAUGAAGGAGCCAAUGGAGAAGCUUAAGACGGUACUGGAACUGCACUUGAAGCACUAUGGAGUACUGGGUUAUGGUCUGGUGACUGCGCUGACUGCGGGGCUGGAGCGCAUCUUCUCCUCCACGGUGUUCCAGUGCCCCUGCAAUUCCACCUGGAACCUGGCCUAUGGCCUGGUGUUCCUGUUGGUACCCGCUCUGGCGCUCUUCUUCUUGGGCUACCUGCUCAGCGCUCGCACUUGGCGCCUGCUAACCGGAUGCUGCGCGCCAGGCGCCUGCACCGGCUGCUGUAGCGGGAUGCUGCGCAGGGCCCUGGUGUUCACGCAGCUCAGCGGGUGGGCUGCUGUUGCUCCCCUCACCUGGGUGGCCGUUGCACUGCUCGGGGGCGACUUCUAUGAGUGCGCGGCCAGUGGGAGCCAGGCCUUGGUGCGGCGCCUGUGCUCGGGCCACCGCGACCCCAACUGUACUGCCCUGCUGCCGAUGGUGCCCUGCGGGGAUAAACAGGCUAAGGACGUGAUGGGCCUCCAGAAGGAUCUCAAGGCACAGUCGCAGGUGGCGGGCUGGAUCCUGAUAGCAGCAGUUAUCAUCGGCCUUGUGAUUUUUGUAUCUAUCACACGAUGCCGAUCUCCAGUUAGUCUUCAGCAGCUGAACUUCUGGAAAAUCUAUUUGGAACAAGAGCAGAAGAUUUUCAAAAAUCAGGCCACAGAGCAUGCAACCAAAUUGGCAGAAAAUAAUGUUAAAUGUUUCUUUGAGUGCUCGCAUCAAGAGGGGGAAUACAAAACCCCAAGCAUGGAAGACUGGCAGCAAAUCUCAUCACUGUAUAGUUUUAAUCCAAAGGCGCAGCACUACAGCACAUUGCACAAGUACAUUAACAGAAACAAAGAGAUGAGCAGUGUGAAACGUCCUGAAGAAGGUGAGCUGGUUUCUGCUCUCAGCUUUGUAGAUGCCUAUGGGCUGAGCACCACUGUUGGCUUAUGACCUUAUGAGUGAAAAGGAAAAAAAGGUUGUUUUGAAUUAUUGCUUCAUUUAAAAAAAAUAAAGAUUAAUAUUUUAUGUUGGCUUUUUUGUGUCUUCCAAAUUAUGGAAACAUGGAAUUGCAGGUUUGAAAUAAAAUUUUAGAAUUUUGCCUCUUCGUUAU